AUGUACGGUGACUGGCUCUCCGGCGCCAUUUUCAGACCCGGCAUGUGGCACCUUUAUGUGGAAAUGUUUUGGGCGGAGCUGACGCACAAGCUAUUUUAUGUGGAGUCGCUUCUGGCUGACUACCGUAUCGAGCUCAAUUGGGCGAAGCUCUUCCCGGCAAUGUUGUGGCCAGUGUACACCUUCGUCUAUCUGACGACCGUGCGGUAUGUCAUCUUCUCGUGGUUCCACUCCGACGACAGCGAGGUCGCAAGGUGGCAAAUCGUGCCCCUCACGGGUGCGGGCUUUGCAUUGUUGGGCGCCUACUCGGCGGGGAUGGCGUCCAUGGGCUUCGCCCACCUAUCGGCACUAUUGUCAGACCCCGGCAUCGUGCCCCACGUCGAGGCCCCUCCGGCGAACGUGCAGCAUCCGCGGUGUUGCACUUUCUGCAGUGGGCGUCCGUGGAAGCCUUCGCGCGCGCACCACUGCCGCGAAUGUGGAGUCUGCAUCUUCCAGCGCCACUCGCACUGCCCCUUCAUCGGGAACUGCGUCGGCCAGGGCAACCAGAAGCCGUUCCUGCUCCUCUUGCUCUACGGCGGCGCCUCCCUCAGCGCGUCACUCCUCCUGCUGGCCUCUGGGCUCGUCGCCUGGGCGGCGAGCGGGCUGACGGCGCUGGCCGUGGCGCUCGUGGAGGCGGAGGGCUCGGCGGGCACCGUGCUGGCCCGGGGCCUCCUCGAGCGCCGGCCGCCCCUGGGCGCGCUCGUCUGCGGCCCCCUGGCGGCACGCGCCUGCUCCCGCGGCCUCGACCAGCUGUGGCACACCGCGAAGGACCACUGGCGCUGCCUGCGCACGAACGCGACGCCCCUGGAGGCCGACCGCGGCCUCUUCGGCCCCCCGCGCACGCCGCGGGCGCGCCUCCGGGAGGUCUUCGGGCCCGAGGCCUGGCUCUGGCCCGUGCCGCUGCCCGCGCGCGUGGCUCCGGACCUGUCCGAGCCGGUGUUCCGAUGGAGCGAGGCCACGGGCCUGAUGGAGGAGGUGUUCGGCAAGCGGCUGAGCCCGGGCGCCGAGGCGGACGAGUGGGGCCGCAGCGCAGCGGGCCGCAGGGGCGGCAGGGACGACGACGCCAUUCGCGCGGCGUGGGCGCGGAGGUGA